UAAUCCAUUUGUCGCUUUGAGCCGGAGGGCAAUUCUUACAUUCCUCGUGUUUUGCCUUCGUCGGUUUUGUAAUUUGCUAUCAGUGCGUUCGUCUCGAUUGUAACUAUGGCUAUUGACGUUCUCCCUGAUCCCUUGUUUUCAGUUCGAAGGUUUGCGAGUAUGUGAUGAUAGAUGCUUGUCAAUUCACGUGUCAGAAAGCUCUCUUUGAUUUGGUCACAUCUUGCUGGACAGAUUUGGUUCAAAUAAGAUGUGGCUUCAUCUGCAGUCAGCAAAAUAUUAUUUGUGUUUAUGACUCAUUUGUUUUUGGCUGAAUAUUGUCAUGGGCUUGGACUUCUCCCAACGACGGUGUGGCACUUAGUCGCAAUCUGUCACGACCAAGUCAGCCUAUUCUCCAAACAACCUAUAAAGAUAGCUAAAGAACUUUUGAAGAUCUUAUUUUUCAGAAAAUCUGGGGUACUUACAACUUGGUGGUCAUUUAAUUUGAGGUUGCCAUUCAAGUGUGUCUCAAGGCAAAUUCACAUGGAGAAUAAUCACAAAAGUUUUUCGAGAGGCGCUUUAAUUGUGUUAGAAGGGCUAGAUCGAAGCGGGAAGACCUCACAAUCUAGCCGGCUGCUUUCUUACUUGGAGGGGCUUGGUUAUUCAGUUGAAUCAUGGCGUUUUCCAGAUAGAAACACAGGUGUUGGCCAAAUGUGUUCUUCUUAUCUUGCUAAUAAGUCACAGUUGGAUGACCACACCAUCCAUUUACUCUUCAGUGCAAAUCGUUGGGAGAAAAGACCCUUAAUGGAGACUAAGCUCAGAAGUGGAAUCACCUUGAUUGUGGACCGGUAUUCAUAUUCUGGGGUGGCAUUUUCAUCUGCUAAGGGACUUGAUAUUGAAUGGUGUAAGGCUCCAGAGAAGGGAUUGCUGGCACCAGAUUUGGUAUUAUACCUUGACAUACCACCAGAGAAAGCUGCUGAAAGAGGAGGCUAUGGAGGUGAGAGGUACGAGCAGCUUGAUUUUCAAAAAAAAGUAUCCCAUUACUAUCAGAUGCUCCAUGAUGCCUCUUGGAAGAUUAUAGAUGCCAGUCCGCCCGUUGAAGAAGUUGAGAAACAGCUGAGGGAGAUGGUACUGGAUUGUGUGACAACAUGCCAAAAGGGUAAAGCCCUCUCAAAGCUCUGGUUGAGUUGAACACUUGUUUUCUGAGAAGGGGAAAGCCAUACUGCAUGCUUAUGGACAAUGCGAACAUCAGUUUCAGUUUGCACUGGUUUUCUACAAGUCCAUGUACUCGACGAGUUGGGAAUCUACAUUCAGACUUUUGAUGAUAUAAUUUUAGUAAGUUGCUACAAGUGUGAGGUGGGUUUGCCAUUUGCUUCUAUUUUCCACUUUGGUUAUGUUUUUUUUUUGGGGGGGGGGGGGGGGGGGGG